GCCCGGAGGGGACGGGCCUCGGGCGCGGGCCGGGGGGUAGGGGGAGGCUCAUUCACCGCCCCGGGCUCCGGCCGCGUCCCCAGUCCCUCCCCGUGUCCCUUCCCAGCCCUUGCCCUGCGCCCCCCUACACCUUCGCAGGGCAGACCUGAGCAUUGGGGGUAAGUCGUUCCUGCCUCCUGGAAACGUCCCCAAAUCACCUCCAAGUGAAUCAGAGCCUCCAGUCAGGCCUAACCAUGAGCACGUCUGGGUCCGCAGUCAGGGCCACCAGGGUGGGCCCCAAAGUUUCCUAAAAUCUGUUCUUCCAGGUGACACUCUAAGGCCGAUGUGCAUCCGCUGCGAAAGCAAAGGGGGGCCGUGCAGGCACCUAGGGACGGGUCCUGGGAGGGGAGAAGAAUGUGUGCGGCAGGCGGAGGGUGCCACUCCCACGCGGUCGUGGGGUCCUUCCCAGAGCACACAGGCAGGCGGCGAGUGGGGACCCCAGAGGAAGGGGCCUACCCAAUUCCCGGGGGAACCCUCGGGUACACAGGGUUCCAGACCAAAUGGCGAGGGGGCGGGGUUCUUGCCGGAGUUGGCAAUAGGUUCGCGUGGGACCGAGGCUGUGUGUCUUAUUGGGGUGUGUGGGGAGAGGUGGGAUACUAGCCCAGAGCAAAUGGGUGUGGGGACGUUUGUGUACAAGAUAGCGCCCCAGCCGCGGAGCCGAAAGGGAGAGGUGUGUGCGCACUUGGCAGGAUUCCAGCCCAGAGCAGGCAGGACCAUGGGCUCUGGUCAAGGGUGAAGUGUUGUCCACAAGACUCCUAGAGUGCCCCCACCCCUUGGGCAACUUUCAGGGCUGCGUCUGUGCCCUCCCUCCCCCUUCCUCCGGAGGUCCCUCUGCCUGUUCCAGCCGUGGCUUGUACAUAUUUUCCGAUUUCCUGUUAACCUCCGCCCAGCAGCGGCAGCUGGGUGACUCAGGACCCCGGUGCCGGGCCCCCAGCUCCGUGGGAUCUUUGUUUGCUCAGGCCUUUGGCUCUGGCCCUCUGGCCUAGGGCCCUCAAAGGAUUUCCUGAGCCCCGCCCCUGCCCUCUGACAGACGGGCCAGAGGGCCAGCGGAGGCCUGGGGUGGGGGUCCCCAAGGCUCCACUGGGCUCAGGAGAUGGAGAGCCGAGAGCCUGGGGCGGGCCAGUGGCCCCCAGGGGAUGAGAAAGAGGCGAUCCGCCGGGCCAUCCAGAAGGAGCUGAAAAUCAAGGAGGGUGUGGAGAACCUGCGGCGGGUAGCCACCGACCGCCGCCACCUGGGCCACGUGCAGCAGCUGCUGCGGUCCUCCAACCGCCGCCUGGAGCAGCUGCACGGGGAGCUGCGGGAGCUGCAUGCCCGCAUCCUGCUGCCUGGCCCCGGGCCUGGCCCGGCUGAACCUGCGGCCUCAGGACCUCGUCCGCUGGCAGAGCAGCCAGGGGCCCGACACCUGGAGGCUCUACAGAGGCAGCUGCAGGUAGAGCUGAAGGUCAAGCAGGGAGCCGAGAAUAUGACCCACACGUAUGCCAGUGGCACUCCCAAGGAGAGGAAGCUUCUGGCAGCCGCCCAGCAGAUGCUACAGGACAGCCAGCUGAAGGUGGCCCUGCUACGAAUGAAGAUCAGCAGCCUGGAGGCCAGCGGGUCCCCUGAGCCAGGACCGGAGCUGCUGGUGGAGGAGCUGCGGCACCGGCUACGCAUCGAGGCUGCUGUGGCCGAGGGCGCCAAGAACGUGGUGAAGCUGCUCGGUAGCCGGCGAACGCAGGACCGCAAGGUGCUAGCCGAGGCUCAGGCCCAGCUCCAGGAGUCCUCCCAGAAACUGGACCUCCUGCGGCUGGCCUUGGAGCAGCUGCUGGAGGGACUGCCUCCUGCACACCCUCUGCGUGGCAGAGUGGCCCGGGAGCUGCGGACUGCUGUGUCUGGGAACCCCCAGCCUUCAGGAACACUCGUGAAGCCCACCGCCAUGACAGGGACGCUGCAGGUCCACCUCCUGGGCUGUGAGCAGCUGCUGACAGCUGUGCCUGGACGUUCCCCCGUGGCCGCGCUGGCCGGGACCCCCUCCCAGGGCUGGCUUUGGAGCAGGGCCAAGCAGCAGCGUGGUGGAGGCGAGCUGGCCAGUGAGGUGUUGGCCGUGCUGAAGGUGGACAAUCGCAUUGUGGGCCAGACGGCCUGGGGGCCUGUGGCCAAGCAGUCCUGGGACCAGACCUUUGUCGUCCCCCUGGAGCGGGCCCGAGAGCUGGAGAUUGGGGUGCACUGGCGGGACUGGCGGCAGCUGUGUGGCGUGGCCUUCCUGAGGCUGGAGGACUUCCUGGACAAUGCCUGUCACCAGCUCUCCCUCAGCCUGGUGCCGCAGGGGCUGCUCUUUGUCCAGGUGACCUUCUGUGACCCUGUCAUUGAGAGAAGGCCCCGGCUGCAGAGGCAGAAGCGCAUUUUCUCAAAACGCAGAGCUCUCCAAGCACCAUCAGCCCCCCGAAAGGGUGCUCCCAGACCCCAGCCACACCCCGGGGGGCCGCCGACCCUGCCUCACCCAGGUGAGGAGCCUCGCCCCAGGCUGUCUGCUUCUCUGUGGAGUCACCUCACUCCAGAUGCAGACAGUGCCUGUCCCCGUUGCUCGCCCUCUGACCCGUCUCUCUGUCUCACGCGGCUGUGGGUCCACCCCCGCCCCCGCAUUCCAUCCGCCUGUGCCCGGUCGUGUGUCUGCUUCUUCCCCACAGUAAUUUCCCGCCCAAGAAGACCCCCUUGCGAGAAGAGAUCCAAUCCCCACCCAAGCCACCGCGCCUCUACCUGCCCCAGGAGCCGACCCCCGAGGAGAUGCCGAGCACCAAACGCCCCCACAUGGAGCCCAGGACUCGACUCGAGCCAUCUCUGCCAGCCUCAGCCACCAGGUACCCCUGGCAGGCUCACCUUGGCGUUUGAGAGAGACAUCUGUCCACUCACUUGGGUGUUUGCAUGUCAGGCGUUCUCACAUCGCCCCGAGCUCUUGGCUUGCUCUCAGGUUCUCACUUGCGGAGCCCACGUUACUGAGCUCCACCUGCAUGCCAGACCCCAGGAAAUGGCAGUCCUAGGAGCUCCCACCCGGCCUCUCCAGCCCCUGCCCCUCUUGCCUCACAGGUGGGGACAGCCCAGGACCAGGCGUGGAGGGAGGGUUUGGAGUGGCCCUUGGCGGAGCCCCAGCCCUUGUCCCAGGGGCUUCCUGUACCCUCUCUCUUGCAGGAAACCCCCCCGGCUUCAGGACUUCCGCUGCUUGGCCGUGCUGGGCCGGGGCCACUUCGGGAAGGUCCUCCUGGUCCAGUUCAAGGGGACAGGUCAAUACUAUGCCAUCAAAGCGCUGAAGAAGCAAGAGGUGCUGAGCCGGGACGAGAUAGAGAGCCUGUACUGCGAGAAGCGAAUCCUGGAGGCUGUGGGCCGCAUGGGGCACCCCUUCCUACUCUCCCUCCUUGCCUGCUUCCACACCUCCAGCCACGCCUGCUUCGUGACUGAGUUUGUGCCCGGUGGCGACCUCAUGAUGCAGAUCCACGAGGACGUCUUCCCUGAGCCCCAGGCCCGGUUCUAUCUGGCCUGUGUGGUCCUGGGGCUGCAGUUCUUACAUGAGCAGAAGAUCAUUUACAGAGACCUUAAGUUGGAUAAUCUUCUGCUGGAUGCCCAGGGUUUCCUGAAGAUCGCAGACUUUGGGCUCUGUAAGGAAGGGAUUGGCUUUGGGGACCGGACGAGCACCUUCUGUGGCACCCCGGAGUUCCUGGCCCCUGAGGUGCUGACCCAGGAGGCCUAUACGCGGGCUGUGGACUGGUGGGGGCUGGGCGUGCUGCUCUACGAGAUGCUGGUGGGCGAGUGCCCGUUUCCAGGGGACACCGAGGAGGAGGUGUUUGACUGCAUCGUCAAUGCAGAAGCCCCAUACCCGCGCUUUCUGUCGGUGCAAGGGCUUGAGCUCAUUCAGAAGCUCCUCCAGAAGUGCCCCGAGAAGCGCCUGGGGGCAGGGGAGCGGGAUGCUGAGGAGAUCAAGACACAGCCUUUCUUCAGGACCACCGACUGGCAGGCCCUGCUCGCCCGAGCCGUCCGGCCCCCAUUUGUGCCCACCCUCUGCGGCCCCACAGACCUGCGCUACUUCGAGGGCGAGUUCACGGGGCUGCCGCCUGCCCUGACGCCGCCUGAUGCCCGCAGCCCCCUCACGGCCCGCCAACAGGCUGCCUUCCGGGACUUCGACUUUGUGUCCCAGCGAUUCCUGGAGCCCUGAGGGCCUCCCGGGCUCUCUACCCCCUGCCCCCCCGACGGUUGGAGCCUCUGCUUGCCCGCCUUUCUGCCCGCCUGGGCGCCCCGGUAUUGAUGAGCCCUUGGGACUCAAGGUGGCGGCCACGGGCUGCUGUCGUGGGCUUUGCUCAGUCACCGGGCAAAGUGCUGCCUCCCCUCCCUUCUCCCGACCACCUCUCCCCUGCCCGUUGCAAGACCUGGACCCGAAAGGGAGGCACAGCGAGGAGCAGUUUGGUUUGUUUUUUUGAAUACUUGACUUGCUUUAUGGAUUAUUAAAUUUAUAAAACUGUG